AGUCAGUAAUGAGGAAGUGUUCCUGUGUUGUGUUUUGGGUGCAGAAGUUGGCUGUGAAAUGAGCUACGUGGAGAGAGUUUUUUGUUUAAAUCUGCUCCUGAAUCUCAGUGUUACCGGACAGAUGAGGAAUACCGAACAGCAGUGGCCUGUUCCCUACAGACGUUAUGAUCGACGCCCUGCGGUGGACUCUUACUGUCAGGCCCUCUACACCUUCUGUCCUACUGGGGACACAGAUGGACGGAUUCCCUACACGAGAGACACUGACGUCAUUUCAGUUUACCGGCUGCAGGCGCCUGUGUGGGAAUUCAAGUUCGGAGACUUGCUGGGGAAGUUAAACAUCAUGCAUGAUGCCAUUGGGUUCAGCAGUUUGGAAACGGGCUCAAACUACACCAUGGAAUGGUACGAAUUGUUUCAACUGGGAAACUGCACCUUCCCUCACUUGAGACCUGAGAUGAACGCCCCUUUCUGGUGCAAUCAGGGAGCUGCAUGCUUCUUUGAAGGCAUAGACAACUUACACUGGUCUCAAAACGGCACCUUGGAGAAAAUCGGAGAAAUCACCGGGACUCAGUUUAACAAGAUGGCCCAGUGGGUCCAGGAUGACAACAAAACUGGGAUUUACUACGAGACUUGGACAGUCUGCUCUGACCCCAGCCCCAAUGCCACGGUGUGGUUCGAGUCUUACGACUGCUCCCAGUUUGUCCACCGCACUUACAGGAAACUGGCUGAGCUGGGUGCCAAAUUAUUGAGUCGUACCCAAACUAACUACACGAAGAUCUACCUGUACAGCGGAGAGCCCAGCUUCCUCGGUAACGACAGCACCAUAUUCAGCCAGCCGGCUCUGAAGCACCUGGCAACAGACAUCCGAAAAUUUUACCACACGUUCAGACCUCAUCAGUCAUUUAUUGACUUUGCUGUCAGCUUAUUGGAGGCUUUUAAAAAAGUUGUGUUGGAGAAGAGCUUUUACCUGUAUUAUAACUUUGAGUACUGGUAUCUGCCAAUGAAACCUCCAUAUGUGAAGAUCACCUAUGAGGAAGUGCCUUUACCCUGAAAUUUGGUUUGAACCAAAUGGCCCAUGGGCCAAGCAGGUUUUCGGUACCAUUUAAAGGGAGUGAACACUUACAAUCCAGCCUCAGUGUACCAUGGCCUACAA